AUGGACCGCGAACGCCGCAUUCCCGCCGAUCUGGCGGAAUCGGUCGAAAAGGCAGGCGUUUACCAGCUAUUCCUCCCCGCCAGGAUGGGAGGUCCCCAGUUGGAUCCCAUGACGGCCUAUCGGGUGAUCGAAGAGGUUUCCCGGGUGGAAGCGUCCGUAGGGUGGUGCGGGUUGUUGUCCAACGGCGGGGCCGUUUUUGCUGGAAACUUCACGCCUAAAGCUGCCGAAACUAUGUUUGGUUGUCCUCCCGACUUCCGCUGCGCCGGUUCCUUCCGUGCCCUGGGGGAGUCGCGACCGGUUCCUGGUGGCUAUCGGGUCAGCGGGCGCUGGGACUACGCCAGUGGGAUAUCCAACGCCAACUGGCUUUUCGUAAACUCCCGGGUAGUAGAUGAAGCCGGCCCCCGUCUAAAUGAAGCCGGGCGACCCGAUACAGUGAUGCUGUUCACCCCCAUAGAGACGGCGGCAGUCUACGAUACCUGGCAGGUGGUGGGCCUUUGCGGCACCGGCAGUAACGAUUUUGAGCUGGAUGGCAUCUUUGUCCCUGCUGAACGGUCGUUCCGUUUGUACGAUCCGCCCCUGGAACGGGGUUUUCUCUAUAGCCCACGGACCAUGCUUAUCGCUAUCUGGGUGCUGGUGUCCGCAGUCGCCCUGGGCACCGCCCGGGGGGCGAUGGAUGCCUUCAAGGAACUGGCAACGGGUUCAGGGACUACUAUCUCCACUACUCUUUUGCGGGACCGGCCGCAGGUGCAGUCCAAGGUUGGCGAGGCUGAAGCGAUUAUCAGCGGCGCCCGCGCCCAUGUUCUGGAUACGGUAGGACGGGCGUGGGAGUCCUACACCGAGGAUAUGCCCUUGCCCAGUCCCGAUCUAACCCAGGCGCGCCUGGCUAUCACCCGCUCCAUCCAUGAAGCAGCCAGGGCCGUGGAUAUUCUGUUCCACGCUGCCGGCACCAAUGCCAUCCACCGGCGAAAUGGCCUGGAGCGGCGUUGGCGGGACGUUCAUGUGGUGGUGCAGCAUGGCGCCGGCCUGCUGUCCAACUACGAGUUUGGCGGCCAGGCAUUGAUGGGACUGCGCCCCAGCGACGCCGGAUGGUAG